AUGAAGAGCCGUCGUCUUAGUGGUGCCGAGCCCCCAUCCAUGAUGCAGAUUCCUAUCGCCUCUACGCUGGCGUUUUUCUGCUUUCUAUUUUUUUCGGCGGUUUUCUUACAGUGGCUUGUUUCGAAGAUCCCUUCUUACCCUCCACCUGUCUCUAUUGUGUGGUUCGUUUUUGGUAUGUUAGUGUAUGGCAUAGCAAGCGCCCCUUCGUUGCUGCCGAGACAAGAGAAUCCUUCACCAAAUAGUACAAGCCCCACGGGCAUUGGUGAAGUGCCUUUGAAGGGCCACAAUAUUCUGCAAACUGGAAUACUGGAGAUGCGUGUAAUUGACUCGAAUGUUGUCUAUUUUGUUAUGGUACCUAUACUUCUCUAUGAAGCCACUCAAAAUAUCAACUGGCAUAAAUUCAAACGAUUUCUUGCUGGAGGUCUCACUCUUGCUGUCUUAGGAGUAGCUAUGCAAGUCGGGUUGCUUGGAGUUUUAUUUUAUUUCACGUACAUGAAGAAGUACGUGCCAUCCACAGAAAAUGGACAAGAUCCCUGGACGGCAGCAUUUCUGCUUGCCUCUACGCUCUCGUCCACCGAUCCCGUGGCUGUUCUCUCCGUACUCAAUGCUGUCAAUGCUUCCGAUAAGUUGUGUAUUAUGUUCGACGGGGAGUCUCUAAUCAAUGACGGCUCGGCGGUGCUCCUCUUCCAGUUCUUCUUUUUUCUCUUGAGAGGGGUGACGGAAAGCCCGGCUUCGACGUUCUUCAUGUUUGUCAAGCUGCUUUUUGCAGGGCCAGCAUUCGGAUGCCUGCUCGGCUUUGCAGUAUACGUCUGGCUCAAUUGCUUUCGCAGAUUUCCCAUGACGCAGUGCCUUGCUGUCGUGACUGUAUGUUAUAUGGGCUACUUCGUCGCAGAGGCCGUCUUCAGUCUCAGUGGCCCCUUGACUGCCGUCUGUUACGGUCUCUUCAUCAAAUCGUAUGGACAUAUCGCUCUCGACCGCGAAGCGCAGCUCAAACACCAUACACUUGUUGAAGGACUUGCACUGAUGGGCAACUGUGCUAUUUUCAUCAUCAGUGGUAUAGUAACAUACGGCAUGAUGAGCUCCGUCUUCAUUCGCUCUGAUGGCGGGGGCUUCUGGCUUAAUCUCUUCCUUACUUACAUCUAUUUGAAUCUGGCAAGAGUCGUGAUGAAUAUCUUCUCUCCCGUUUUGCGUCGAACAGGCUAUGGCCUCACGUGGAAGAGGUACGCGGUGUUGCUCAUAUGGGGAGGGCUUCGAGGAGGUAUAGUCUUGGCAUUAGGUCUUCGCAUUGAAAGAGACGGCAACUUGGAGAGCGAGCUAACGAAAGCAAUGUCUUUCUUUAUUUCUGGCAGCGUGUUUCUGAUACUACUAAUCCACGGCAUGACCUUCGAGCUGCUCUAUAGAGGCCUGAGUCCCUAUCCGCCCAAGCCCUUUCGACGCGUGUAUCUCGAAGCCGUCAUGAAGAUGAUCGACUAUCAGUAUAUGGAAGAAAAACAGGCGUUAAAAAAUCACUGGCUCUUUAAAGGCACAGACGUCCUUGCAUUUGCAGACAAACUAGUGCCUGCACUUGGGUGGCGGAAGGUAGACCGAAUGGGUAACAUGAAUCUGAAAGCUCCAGAUAUAACAGUAGCGUUCAGUAGUUUGCAUGAAGCAUCGUUAGGUACGUGGGUAGUGCCGACUGCGUAUACAAUGGCUUCAUCUAUGAGUGUCGUGAAGCGUCUAGAUACUGCAGGGCUUGGCAUGCAGCCGCAUGGGCCACUAGAGAGAAGAAGUAGUAGUAGUAGCAUCAGUCGAGACGGGAGCUAUUACUACGAAGAAGAGGACGAAGAAGUGGAGGAGGGAGGAGGAGGAGAAGGAGGUGAAGACGGAAACAGAAGGAAACGUGGACAUGGAGUCGAAGCAAGUGCUCUUCUCCCUUCUCUGUACGAAACUGAUUUUAAUGACUCACCCGAUGCUGCAGAACGUUUAGUGGCUGACGUGGGUCGCUCCCCAGAUAUGACUCGGGCGCAAGGAAAGCCCCUGGGAGACUUCACGAUAUUAGCACACACUAAUAACAAGCAAGCAGGACCGUCUCCACCACCACAGCCUCGUGGCGCCUCUUCUUCUUCUCCUCCUCCUUCUCCCGGGUCUCUUCCACAAGAUUUUCUUAAUGCUGCUUUGAUAUCUCCUAAAGACAUAUCACCUGAUCUUUUUCGUACUAAUCGUACUACUGCUGGUGUUACUACUACUAAUUAUAGGAGUUGUAGCGCGAGCGGUGGUAGUGGUGGUAGUUCUUUUCCUCUCCCACCCCCUGAUGGUGGUAGUAGUGGCAGUGCAGAGUGUCUCAUCAGCAGCAGCAGCAGCGUGCGUCGCACACGACGUCUACUCCCUCAUUUGCAGGAGGAGGUCCUCCUCGUGGCUCGGAGGGCGUUACUACUGGUGCUGGAGGGGGAGGUGUGUACAUGGGCGCGAAUGGGAGGAGAGCAGGUCGAUCAUCUCGAGAGCAGCUACAGCAACAGUAUCAGCAGUACGCAGCUACUCAGCAUACCGGGUCAGGACACAGAGUCGAUCUAUCAACAGCAGCAGCGCCUGCACCACUACUCCUACAUCAUAAUCACCACAAUCCACAUCAGCAGCAACGGAGGUCGUUUUUGCCUUCACCCUCUGGAACUUCCGGUGGUCGGAGGUCUCCUUCGAAAACUGGAGGAGGACGAAAACAUUUUUACCACCACCACCAUCACCACCACCCGCAGCAGCAGCAGUAUGCUGGGGUUGAUGAUAGCCAGAGCGUCCCUCCACAACGGUCUGCAGGUGAAGGGCAACAGCAACAACAGCAGCCACAGCAGCAACAAGAAUCUGUGUUGCCGAGAUUCGAGAGAUCACGGGUGGGUGAUGGUAAUGGAGGAAGCGCGGCAGCAGGAGUAUAUAAUCCAGGAGGCACGAAAGCACCACAGCAGCAUCAGCGGCCAGGGCGUAGAGGAGGAGGGCUCGGGGAAGGCGAGCGGGGGGACGCGGAACGAGACAGAGAAACAAGAGCCACAAGAGUCGUACACGGAGAAGGGCUCGGCGUUCCUGGGUUGGACGGAAAUGCAGGGCCGCUGGCCACGCGUGCGUGGAAUCUUCGUAGACAGCAUGAACCUCGACAUAGCAGCAGCAGGCAUCCCCAGCAGGAUAGAGGAGAAAUCAAUUACAGAGGAGUUUUGCGGGUUGCGAAUCAAGACGCAGAAGAACAACAGCAUGGACACGAAGAGAACACUGUCAGAUGGCCUCCCCUCAGGAGUGAAGACUCGGCAAGGAGAUACGACACUGAUGCAACACUCGUCUUUCAAACAAAAGGAACACCGGAACAGCCUGACGUAUGCAAAAGAAAACGAAAGAGGUAGAGGCGGUGAUGAUGCAUUGAGGGGAGGCUUCAGGCGGCAGCAACAACAACAGCAAAGACGACGUGAUGUGGGAGACGGUAACGAGAAUUAUGAAGAACUGAAAGAUGACGUCGACGGUAAUGACGAAUACGAAAAUGCUGAAAGAGCUUCCGCAGCAGCAGUAGCAGGAGCAGUAGGAGCCUCAAGUAGCAGUAGUCGUUCUUAUGAUGAAGGUGGCGGGGGAGGAGGGGAGGGCAGUACACAUGCAGGGAAGCUCUCGAGUUCAGAGCGUUUGAAACGUGAGCUUCUAAGUCGUCGGUAUAAAAGAAUGCAGCUGAAGAGUCGUAGAAGUGCUGAUGCCCUUACUGGUACGGCAGCUGAUAUUUUCAAAGCAGUGGACGACGGCGGUGGUAGCGACGUACAGGAAGCACCUGCAGAAAAACGCUCGGCUUUUGCACGGAGGCGCUUGCGUGAAGACCGUCGUCACCCCAGUGCAGUGACUCCAGGCAUUAGUAGUAGUUUUCACGCGGGGACGACAACCGAGCUCCAACGAGCCGCAGGCGAAGCGCCCACCCAACGAACACUCUCUAUGGCAAAUCUCAUUAGAGAAGGAACUUCCAAACGUCUGCGCUUGCGAUGGAAAGGCAGAGACACACAGAGUGACACGGGGCUCUCAGUUGCUGCUGAGGCAGAGGGACUUGCAGAGUUGAAGAAGAGUCUCUCUCUGGGCAGCUCGGAGAGUUACUUCGAGAUCCCGGCGACACCGCGACGUGGUUCAUUCACGUCGCCGCAAACAACGGGCGUACCAGUAGCUCCGGUGUUUCCGACACCAGGGGCUGGAAGCAGGCGAAAAGUAUUACGAAAAGAAAGAGAAGGCGAGCUCUACUUGAUGAUAUUUAAUGCUUGCAGAGAAAUGUACCAUAGACUUUACCAUAAAAACUGUAUUGGAGGCAGUGCAUUACUCAGCCUUAACACCUCUCUAGACCUGAGCAAUGACUUCGCUGUGGGAAAAGUACGUCAGAACCCAAUACGUGCAUGGGCAGAGGUUCUUCAGGAAGACAGUGGAGGUACUGCUGCAGUUGACGCGACAGCUGGCGGUGGACGAGCUCAACGGAAAAGACCUUUGCAGACCAUGAUGACCGGCUUCGAGUACGAAUGGAGCGUGCUGCAGUCACGCCUGCACUGCAUGCAGCAACACCAGGGCCUGUGUGGACUGCGGCCUGCGCCUUUUUGCUUCGGACGUCGGAUUCCAUCCGCUUUUGUGCGGUCGCUUCUAAACAGCGGUGCAUGCCAGAGCGAUUUAGAGCAGUUGCUUGCAUUCGUAGAUGUCCAUGAGGAACUGCUGGAAAAGGGUGGCCGCAAUAUGGAGCAAUUGAUGGGCGAGGAGCUUUUAGCCAGCUACAACCGCCAGAUUCUCUCUGCAAAGCGCUUCGUCCUCUACAUACGAGACUGCUACCCC